AUGCCCAAUGGUGGCACUCAGAUCACAGCCGUCACCGCCAUCGACACCGUCAUCAACACCAGAAGAGAUCCGUGCACCCACACAGGACUGACGCUGCUGUCCGGCUUCCUUGUACCCUUCACCUUCUCUACCGCAGCAGGACUGGUGGAAGCGAACCCUGAUGGUCCCUGCGUUGCCGCUGCGUCAUUACCCCUUCCACCAGCAAUCGUCGCAGCAUCAGGUGGGCUGACAUUAGAUUCUGUCGCAGUGGCAGCGUCAACUGCAGAGGAACCAACUCCGACAACUGCACUGCCAGUGUUGUGUGUACCACCAGAUGUCCGUGGGUCCUUGCCACUAAUCGUCUGGCUGCGAACGUCUUCUGCAAUAGGAGGUUGGAUGCCGCUCUCUGUGAGCUCACCGUUGGGCAAAGGCGAUUUUCCAUUGGCCUUCUCCCUCCCAGACUUCCCACUAUCAGCAUUGCUGCCAGUUUGA